AAAAAAGGAAUCAGAUAACCUAUUUUAUACAAAUAAAAACUAGUUAGAAAAUAAAAUUAGGAAAACAAUGAAUACCUCAAAAGCGAUUGAGGAGAACAGAUGGAAUGGAGAUGAAACAAUUAACAAAGAACUCGAAGAAAUACCAGACAGCGUUCAAAAACAAAUAGAGUCUAGUAAAUUUGAACUUUCCGAGUACAUGGAAGAAUGCUCGCAACUAGUGACAAACGUAUUACUGGCCAAUGAUAAUCGUGAAAACAAUCGCAGAGAAACAGACAGAUUAGAAAGAGAUAAACGGUUAAAAGCGGUUGAAAACGAAUCAGAAGCGGCUAACUCUAAAUUUAAGGAAAUCAGUGCUCAAUGGCCAGUCAUACUAAAGAAAAACGACGCGUUAGAAAUCUAUGAACAAUCAGAAGUUCAACGAACAAGAGGGCUCUACCUUAUUGAACAAAAGAAUGAAAUGAUCAAAGUGCUAAAACAAGAUUUGGCCGAGUCGGAUUCUAGGUUUCUACAAGAGCAAGACGCCCAAAGUGAAGACGUACGGAUUCUGCAAGAAAGAAUCGAAAAUCAAGUAAAGUUUAUAAGGAAACAAUACAAUAAUCAUAUUCAAUUUAUAAGAUGCACUAUAGAGAAACAAAGAAAACAAAGAAUUAACAAAGCCAACAUGGCAUGGGACGAUCUUUACAAUCAGAUGAUUUUAGCCGAGACGAGAUCGUUUGACGAACGGUUAGCUAUGGUUGACAAAAAAGAGAUUAACAUAAUGAAACAGUACGAAAUAAACGAAGAGAGUAUUCGAACGUUAAAAGCUGAACUUAACUUAGAAUUGCACCACAUCCAAAAAGAAUUUGAAUUGAUCAAAAUGAAAUGCAUGGAAAACGUAGAAAAACUUAAUUACAACUAUCAGGUAUUGAAAAGGAGAGAAGAAGAAAUCGCUUACGCCAAAGCAGCUCAAAGGAGGAAAAUGAACAAAUUACAGGACGUGUUGUCGAUCAAAAGAAGACUGGCAAGAGAAACAAAAGCCGAGUUUGAAAGUAAAGUGUCUGUGCUAAGCGAAAACAUUGAGAAACUCAACGAUGACAUUGAGCGACAUGAAAGCAAAGCAGAAAGGUUUGCAGAAAUUCAAGGGAAGUCCUUUAGGGAGCUAUGGGAUUUUUCCCAGGAACAAAUUGGCGAUUUGCUAGCAAGGAUUUUGAAAAUUGAUCAAAUUGUACACGAAGAGUACUUGGGCGUCGAAUGGCAAUCACCCCCGACACAUGAGAGUUUAAAAGUAGACGACUUUUCUUCGUACAAGAACCACACUAUCACCAAAACUGAAAACGUCAAGGCUUGUUUAACCGAAUUCACGAGUGCCGUUUCAACGGGACCGUACGGUCGUCGCAGAGAACGUGCUUUGUUAAAACUCAUCUUAGAAAUGACGCUUAAAAACUGUACAUUCUUAUUGGACGACCAACUAAUGGAAAUAAUUGAUUCUAGUACCGAAAAAACUCUUUCGCUUCUCUACAACAUCAUGGCAGUUUGUGGUCUGAAUAACAUGUACGCGUGGAAUUUAAUGAUUUCACGUGUGAAAUCGUCAGUGAUCUGUGAGGUUUGCCGAGGACCAGUGGCGUGGUGUUUGGAAGAGGGGAAGGUCUCGACCGAUCAUAGCACACGGGAACACCAAACGGAAAACCAACUGAUCGGCGACAUUGCCGUGUUCGCUCAAAACCAUGCAGAUGACAUUGAAAAAACUCUGUCAGUAAACGCUAAUGUGUUUAACAAAAUUUACACAAAAGACAAAUUAAAGCUUUUAAAACUAAGAUCAACAUUAACCAACACAGAAGCUGGGUCGCACGAGCCGCGGUGUUCGUCCUUUGAACGUACUAACUACGAUUCUGACGAGUCAGUUCUGACAAUCUCUGUAUCAUUGACGGAUUUUGAACAAAUGCCCAGCGAAAAUGAUUCUGCAACGGUCAAGAUAUCUCAUGACUCUAAACCUUCUCAGAUUCAAAAUUUUCGGCCGUGUGACGAUCCAACGCAUCCGCUUUUAAUGACAGACGUUGAUUAUUUAAAAGCAGUCAAAGAAACAAUACACCUUACAAACCCCAAGAACUCAAAUCAAAGCCCGAAAAAUAAAGCCAAAAAUUGCAAUACGAACACGUUGAGUGAAAUGGAUAUUAACCACUAUUGGAAACAAUAUCUAAAUGCGUUUCCUGAAGAUCGUGUCCAACUAUGGGACGUAUUUGAAAAAGCCAUAAAAAAAUACUACCAAAUUUUACACUUACGAUACAAGAAGAUAACCGAAGUGGAAAAGUUGGAAGCCGAAAACGUGGAACUCAAGAGAAUUUUAAAACAAUUUAUGGACGCUGAACAGGAUGACGGUAGACUUCAAAACAUCAGUACACCCAAAAUGAUAAAGCGGAAGUCAUCUUCGCCAAGGGUAAAUAACUCAAAAUCUAUGUCCGCUGAAAAUAGUACAAAAUACGUCAGUGGCACUGCAAUUAACAUAUUAACGGUGGACAGGACAAAUAGAAGAAAGCCUUAAGGCCAUCAACAGCUCCAACUAAAUAAUUAUUUGAGAUUUAAAAAAUAUGUUUGUUUAACUGUAGUAACAUUUUUUUAUCACACCUAAAACGUAACUACUUACAAUAAUAAAUAUUAAAAACUGUACGAAUCAUGCUAUACCACAACAUUACUAUUAUUU